GUAGUACCGGAUCGGCCAAUCCGCCACGAGAUCAUCCUCGAGGCCGGGGCCGUACCUCCGUGUGGUUGCAUUUACCGCAUGACCGAGAAAGAGUUAAGUGUGCUACGGGCACAACUCGACGACCUUCUUGAGAAAGGCUGGAUUCGACCUAGCUCUUCGCCAUACGGCGCUCCCGUUCUCUUCGUCUGGAAGAGGAACAAGGACUUGUGGUUGUGCAUUGGUUAUCACAAGCUCAACGUGCAAACCGUCAAGAACCCCAGCCCUCUUCCGCGCAUCGACGACCUCCUCGAACGGCUGGGCGGCGCUAAGUUCUUCUCCAAGCUGGACUUCAAAUCGGGAUAUCACCAACUCGAGAUCCGGCAGGAGGAUCACUACAAGACUGCGUUUAAGACGCGAUAUGGGCAUUUCGAAUGCCUGGUUAUGCCUUUUGGCCUUACGAAUGCCCCGGCCACGUUCCAAGCGGCUAUGACAACGGAGUUCCGACACAUGUUGGAUAGGUUUGUACUCAUCUACCCCGACGAUAUCUUGGUGUACAGCUGGAGUUUGGACGAGCAUGUGGAGCACCUGCGCACCGUUUUGGAAUGGCUACGACAAGCCAAGUACAAAGCCAACCGCGACAAAUGCGAAUUCGCGCAGCAAGAGCUCGAGUACUUGGGCCAUUAUGUGACGCUGCAAGGCAUCCGUCCGCUUGCGGACAAGAUCGAGGCCAUCCGUGUAUGGCCCGAGCCCACCAACACCACAGAUGUUCGCUCAUUCAUGGCGUUGGCGGGCUACUGUCAACGCUUCAUCACCGGGUACUCAAGGAUUGUCGCACCAUUGACGAGAUUACAAUCGCCAAAGGUGCCAUUCGUAUUCGAUGACGAUGUGCACGGGUCAUUCCAAGCACUCAAGACGACCAUGCUCAUUGCACCCGUCCUUAGCAUCUACAACCCCACCUUGCCAACGAGAGUGACAACUAACGCUUCCAGCUAUGGCAUUGGGGCAGUCUUGGAACAACACGACGGCGACGACUAACACCCUGUGGAGUAUUUCAGCCACAAUGUGCCUCCCAUCAACUUACUUGAUGGUGCAAGGAAGAAGGAGCUGCUCACAUUC